CUGACCACUCCCUCACCAGAUUGGAUAAUCUACCUAGAUAAAGGUACAUCUCGGGACAGGUGUCCAUUCACACCAACAUAAUAUAUGCAAUUUGCACAAUCUCACACAGUGCGAGCAAUACUGACAGAAGUAUUGUAACACAGAAGCGACAUGGCCCUUGGUAUAGUGUUCCUUGUGUUGGUGGAGGUGAUCUCCGUGAGGCCGCUAAUUGCUCCCUUGGCCUCACAGCACAACGAGGAGACUUUUGAGGGCCUGGCCAAGCGUGUCGGGGAUCUAGAGGCUGUUGUGCAGAAACAGACCACACAGAUAUUGAACAUCACCAACCAGUUAGCUCUUCUUACCAAACACACAGACACGGCGAUCUCCUUCACUGCAUUCUUGAGAACGCCAAGGAAAUAUCCUCCGAAGAGCCCCAUCAAAUUUGACGACGUGAAGAACAACAUUGGAGGAGGAUACAAUCAAUGCUCCGGCGUAUUCCGUGCUCCUGUAUCAGGAAUGUACAUGUUUACACUUGCCCUGGAGUCGGAGAGUGCUGGUAUUGCAGACUAUCGAAUCAUGAAGCAAGGCCAAGAGAUGAACUAUCUGUCUAUCGCUGAAACUUAUGUUAAAGGUACGGAUACCUCUAUAUUCCACGUCAAUGUCGGGGACGAUGUGAGUGUCGAUUGUGCAGUGUCGAACGGCAGCCCUACACUACGAGGUGGAGUGUUCAGUUUCUUUUCAGGGUACCUCCUUCGUGCCGACUAGGACAAGUACCAUCUACUACUGCGUGUAGUUCGUUAAAAACGGUGUGUACCGUCAAUGUUGUCUUGUUGUAUUUUGAUAUACAUGGUUG